UUUCCGUGAGAAGCGGCAGUUAAGCGGCGGCCGCAGAGCCGACAUCAAUGGAGGAUUCGAGAGUCCUCGAGUUCUACAAUGGCAUCAGCGGGAUGAGGUAUUCUCUGAUUAAAGCGGGAGUGGACGCCCAAGUUGUUGAAGCGUUCGACAUCAAUGACACCACGAAUGACGUUUAUGAUCAUAACUUCGGCCAUCGCCCUUUCCAGGGUAAUAUUCAAAGCCUUACUGCUGCUGAUCUUGAUAACUACAGAGCACACGCACGGCUUCUUUCUCCUCCUUGCCAGCCCUAUACUAGGCAAGACAUCGGAUACUCAUGAAAAAAUGAUUGAGAUAUUGACUACAACUGGUUUUGCCACUCAAGAGUUUAUUUUGAGCCCCUUGCAAUUUGGGGUCCCAUAUGCCAGACCACGGUACUUUUGCUUGG